CGGCUUACACAACCUUCAUAAUAAUUUAACAGCGUUUUUAAAACUUAUUUUUUGUGAUUUUUCUUUUUAGUUAGGUCUUUAAGUUAGGUUAUUUAAUAUACCAAAAGGGAAGACCAAUUUUUUUUAAUAAGCAAGUUAAUUAUGUUGGUAGGCAAAGUAUUUGUUACAAUGUAACAUUGUGUGUCUGAUUUGAUUUUCUUAUACUAUUUGUGUUAUUACUAUUUGUCCUAAUUAGUAAUUGUUGAUUGUUAAUUUGCAUAAUGUAUGGUUAUCAAGUAAUAAACAUAAGUAAUGAGUCAUUAAGUAAUAUUAAAUUAGAAUGAACAUUGUGUUAUAUGUAAAUAUAAUCGUUUAAGUACUUUUAACAGUACAAGUUAAUGUGAUUUUUAUUGUUGUUUUAUUGUGAAUUUUUUUUACAUAAUUUUUUGUAUAAAAUUGUAAUUCAAUUUUCAUUUGUUGCUGCUCAUCCUACCAUUAACCUCAAACCUGUUACCUCUUUGUCAACUUAUUGGUAUCGGUUACAACGUUUUGUUUGCAAAAAAGAUUAUGUAUGUCAUCAUAGUAGUUUUAAAAAAGUUGUGUCUGUUCUAAAUAAGAGAGGAAAAUCAAAAAACUUAAACUGUCUAGCAAAUAUAUCCAUAAAAGUUAAUAAGUGUACAGAAAACACUAAAAAAAAAGAUAAAUAUAUUAAGGUAAGAAAAUAAAUAAGAAGAAAAAAAAAGUAUAUUAUUAUUCAAUAUUAUUAAGAAAAUGAGCCAUUAUCAAUAAUUCUGCUUGUUAUUAUUGUUUGUUCAAUAUUUAGAAGGAUUUGAUUGCUGAAAUUUAUAUUAAUAUGAAUCAUUCUCAUACACUAGACACAGCUGAUGCGUUAGGUAACUUAAGAAGUAUUCCUGAUACAAGGCAGUUAUUUGAAACUUACUUUAAUGAUGGACUCGGAAUAACUGACUCAAUGACAUUUCAUGAAGGUAAGCUGGAGUUAGAAGGUGAUGAAUAUGUUAUUGCUGAUGCAUCUCUAAACCCAAAGUACAGAACAGUUCAGCAUUGGCAUAAUGUAUGGAGAGAAUUUAAUCUAGGCCCAAGAAUUGGGGAGGGCGUAAUAGAGAAACUUCAGUCAAAAAAAGCCUCAUAUGAAGAAAAAGGAGUUAAGAUUUUAAUUAAUGAAGAACCAUUUGCUGUUGUUAUUUGUACACCACUGAUGCAACGUGCACAUAAAUUACCUUACUCAAAAGACAUAGUAUUCUCUGAUAGUACAGCGUCAUGUGAUGCACAUAAUCAUUCUAUUACAUUCAUGCUUACCCCAUGUGCUGUUGGUGCUGUUCCAUUAGCUGUAAUUAUCACUAAAGGUCAGUCAAUGAAUGAUUAUAAAAUUGGAUUUGAAUUAGUUAAGAAUUGUGUUGGUCCUGAUGGAUUUGGUGGUGAAUGUUUUCCAAAAUUAUUCAUAACAGAUGACAGUGAAGCAGAAAGACAGGCAUUACAAUCUGUAUGGCCACAAUCAAAGCAGUUACUGUGUCGUUUCCACAUAUGUCAAUCUGUUUGGAGGUGGUUAUGGGGUAGUGAAAAUAACAUUGAAAAGUUAGAUCGCCCUAUUUUGUAUGCAUUGUUUAAUAAAAUAUUAACGGCAUCAAGUGUAGAAAUGGCUGAAGUCGCUUAUUUAAAUGCCAUAGACAGCAAUAAUAAUGUUAAUGUAGCCAAGUAUCCCAACUGGGUUAACUAUGUAAAUUUAUAUUGGAAGCGUAAGGAAAUAUGGGUUUUAUCUUAUAGAAACUUUGAAACCCAUGGACACCAAACCAACAAUUUCAGCGAGAUAUGUGUCAGAAUAUAUAAAGAUAUAGUUUUAUCCAGAAAUAAAGCUUAUAAUGUGGUUUCGUUAGUGGAUUUCACAAGUACUGUAAUGGAGCAUUAUUAUAUUCGCAGAAUUCGAAAGUUUUGUAAUAGUCGUUGUGAUGUAUCACGUUUAUUUUUAAUAUCAUUACAAAAAAAAAUUAAGUAUCUAACGAUCGAUAUGAUUGAAUCAUUGGAAAAUAAUAUGUUUAAAGUACCAAGUGAAAAAGAUACAGAAAUGUAUGAAGUAAAUGCAACAUUGGGGUAUUGUACUUGCUAUCAAGGUCAUUUGGGGACCUUUUGCAAACACCAAGCAGCAGUAUAUUUUUUUUUUAGUAAAGAACUACCUAAUGCACCACCAGUUACAGCUAAAUGUAGAUAUAAUAUGGCUGUUUUAGCAUUUGGAGACAAAGUUCAACCUUUAUCAUUUUAUAAUUCAUUAAAUGCUCAAGACGAGAUUGAAGAAAAUAAUACUGAAAUUAUUGAUGUAAAUUAUACAAAUAAUAUGAGUAAAGUUGUUAUAGAUGAAAAACAACCAGAAUUAAUAACAAAUAAUGUAUUAAAACCUGUACAACAGGACUUUCAAAGCGUUGUAGAUUUAAUGGUUCACAAAAAUGACGAAUUUGGAUCAACAAAUGAAUCGUUAAAUAUAUUUUUGAAAAAACUUGGAAACGUCAAAACCAAAAACUCUUGGGAAACAUUUUUGUCCACUUGUGGGAAACAGAUUUCUCUUCGUCAUGCUAAUAAAGCUAAAAUACGAGUUCAACCUACAUCAAUAAGUCGACGAAGACCUGGAGUGACUAGAGGCAGUAGUAGAUUAGUGGUGGGACGACCAGCAAAAACUGAAAAUUCGAAAAAAAAUAAGCGUAAAAGAAACUUACAACAAAACAUCAAUAAAAAUCAACUAAAUGCAAAAUCACAUUGAAAUUAUACUAAUAAGCUAACAAUGACAAUUAUCUUUGAAAAGGUAAAACUAGGAUAAUUACUAAAUAUUAAAUAUAACAAUUAAUGAUUUUAAAUAGGCAUGUACCUAAUUAUAAUUUACCUAUUCAUUUAUUUUAUAUUUUUUAGUUUUUAGAUUUAAUAAAUAAUUAUUUUGUGAAUUAUGUAAUUAUACAGUGUAACAGACAGAUGCGAGUUAAACGUACGACAAAAAUUGUGAUAAAUAUAUGGAGAUUAAAUAAUUUAAGGAAAUCGACUUACAAUAAGUAAAAUAAAAAAAGUAUUUACAAGACUUAUAAUUAGGUAGUAACUUUAUGUUAAAUUAAAUGUGUUUCAUAUUUACAAUUAUCAUCUUUAUCUAGUUGUUAUAAAAAGGAUUUCUAACAAUAAAAGGCAUUAUUAAAAUCAUCCACUUGUCGCACAAGUGCACAACAGCAGUGGAAUGAGUGUUUUCCAGGAAGCAAGUCUAAGUUUAUGGGGAAUCCAAUACCUAUAUCAUAAUGGAAUCAAAUGUUAAUAGUGUAAUUUGUUUUUAGAUUUAUAUUUUAAGAGCAUAUUAUUUUCUUGAGUUUGUGAAAUAAAAAUUGCUUUGCAGUUACCAAACAAUAAUCUGUAAUUUUGAUUGAAAAUUAAUAAUCAUUACUAAACAAUUAUAAAUAUGUGGUAGUUGUCAAAUGUUGAUGUGGAGGGCAGGGCCAAUUACAAAUUAUUAUAUUAUUAUUUAUUACUUAUUCACAAUCCAACAAUCAAGGAUAAAUAGGUAAGUACUAGGUACCUAGUAUUAGAAAAUCAAAUUUGACAUAAAACGUUACAUCAUGUUAUAUUUUACCAAUAUCCACUUACUUGCAGACAAAACGUUGUCCUUCCCUUUUAGUAUUUCUAACCACCCAACUUGUUUUUGUUUUUUCUGAAAACUCGUCUACCCAUUCUUGGCAGGA